GUUUUAUCAUCAAGCGGAAAAGGACAGCUGUCUCUGCACUGUGUUUUGGCACUUUGCUCGGCAGUGGGAGGGCCCACUCAGGGCCCCGACCGUAGAAAACCCCGUGGGUAGAACAAGUUGAGAGAAGUUUGUGACAUUGGGUCAGAGACUGUAGGCGCUCAGAGUCGCGGUGAUCGGUGCAGCUGCAGCUCGGAUCGGGAAGAAGGCGCGGCGCUGCGGGCGUGCCACGUCUCGGUUUACUAAAGUACACAAUAUUUAUCCCAGAAUGACAGCGACUGCAGCCUUUUUCUUCUGUUUGUGUCUCGCUUUUUCUCCUGCUGCCGAGGCCGGACUUUACACGGCUUCGGACCAGGUCGUGCUGUUGUCUGAGCAGAAUGUGGGCUCGGUUCUGGUGAACUCCUCCGUUGCUAUGGUCGUGGAGUUUUACGCUUCGUGGUGCGGACACUGCAUUGUGUUUUCUCCCACUUAUAAAAAGUUGGCCAGAGACACCAAAGAGUGGAAACCAGCAGUGAACAUUGCUGCAAUAGAUUGUGCUGCACAGGUCAACAAACAAAUUUGCAGGGACUAUGAAAUAACAGGAUAUCCCUCCAUAAAGUUCUUCCAUGCCUACUCAAAAGCAGAUUCAUCAGGGGUGACUUACAGAGGUUUUUCCCAUGACGUUCGGGAACUCCGUCACAGGAUCAUAGACAGUCUGGAGUCUCAUGGUGAGCCCUGGCCCCCCGCCUGCCCCCCGUUGGAGCCCACCAGCGAAGCAGAGAUCAACAACUUCUUUGAAACCAACACAGUGCAACAUCUGGCAUUAAUCUUUGAAGAUAAAAAAUCUUACAUCGGCAGAGAGGUGAUCCUGGACCUGCUGCAGUUUGAGAACAUUACUGUGAGGAGGGUCCUGAACACGGAGAAAGGUCUGGUGGCCAAACUGGGAGUGACCAAGUUUCCCUCCUGUUACCUCUAUUAUCCAGAUGGUAACUUCACCAGACUCAGAGUAAACUUUGAAGCUCGCAGUUUCUACUCCUACGCCCUCCAGAGGCUGCCCGGUGUCAUGCGCUCAGGGAAAUCUCCACCUGUGGUCAUGGAGCUCCUUAAGAACCACACAGAAGAACCCUGGAGACCAUUCAACAGUUCCCAGGUGUACAUGGCAGACCUGGAGUCAGCACUGCAUUAUUCACUGCGUGUGGAGUUGGCUGACCAUGCUGUCAUCAAAGGAGAUGCUCUGAUUGCUCUAAAGAAUUACAUCUCUGUCCUGGCAAAGUACUUUCCAGGUCGUCCUGUGGUGACAAACUUGUUAAAGUCUCUGAACUCUUGGCUGCAGAACCAGACUGCAGAUCACAUUUCCUACAAGGAAUUUAAAGAGACAGUGGAUGACACGCCACAGGUUUUAGACGCUGCAUUGCCUGAGGGAGUGAGGUGGGUGGGCUGCCAGGGUUCACAACCUCACUUUAGAGGUUAUCCUUGUGGGGUCUGGACCCUCUUCCACGUUCUCACUGUCCAGGCCAGCAACACUGGAGGCUCAGAUCCAAAGGAGGUGCUGAAGGCAAUGAGAAACUAUGUCCACCACUUCUUCGGGUGUAGAUACUGUGCAGAGCACUUUGAGAACAUGGCAAAGGAGGGUCUGGACGAAGUGAAUACGUUGAAAUCCGCUGUCCUGUGGCUGUGGUCCCGUCACAAUCGAGUCAAUAAUAGAAUUGCAGGUGCGUUGAGUGAAGACCCACUUUUCCCAAAGAUCCAGUGGCCGUCCCCAGAAAUGUGUCCUUCCUGCCACACUGUGAAAUUUAACGGAGAGCACAGCUGGAACAAGGAGCAGGUUCUUCCCUUCCUUGGGUCCUACUUUUCCUCCAGCCGCAUCCUUACAGAUUAUCUUGAGGCUGAAGAUCAGAUUUUGCGAAAGCAGAGAGAAAAACAUUCCCAUCAACUGCAAGAUUCAUUAGCUCAAAAACACAUAGAGAGAAUCGCUAGGGAGGCCUUGAACCCCAUUAGACCUUCCGUGCAAUCACGUGUACAAGAAGGGGAGGAAGAAGAGGGGCCCCAAGAGGAAGACGAGGGACCACAGGAUGAAAUGGAGGCAUAUGAAGAGGACAACGAAGGUGGGAAAGAAAAACCAGCACCAUUAACUAGUGAGCUAGAGGACAAGUCAUUCGUACCGACACCCUGGACCAAAACUAAAUUAGAAGAGGUCCGUGGCCACAGGAUACCGAGCAUCAUCGGAAUGAGGCUGCGGCGGCGUCAGCAGCAGGAGGACAUUGUGGAUCUUGAUUCAUUUGUAAACCAGCACUUCAAGGCCAAGGCUCUGCAGCUGGCAGCUUCCAGCCGGGUUAAGCAGCGCACCCUGCAAACAAAGGUAGAGCAGGAGCCCCGUCCAGCACUCAGCCUUGGCAUGGAGCUGGACGCAGGACUCGGCAUGGUUGGCCUGCAGCCCAUGGACGCAGAUCUUGAGCUGAAUUUUAUUCCCCAGGGAAAAAGUCUGAAAAAGCGAGAACUGGCAGGGCAGUACUUUAGAAGGGAGGUUGAGUUGGCCCAGAGGGAGCACUGGAUGUCUGUGUUUAGCAUUGGUUUCUCAAAUGUAGACAUUAGCCUGUGUGUCAUUCUUUAUGGCCUGUCUUUCUCGUGUCUUCUAGCAAUGUACGUUUUCUUUAGAAACCGCCUCAGGAGACGAAAGGUUAAAGUAGCCCUGCCUUGAGCUAAACACUAGAGCACCUCACUUUUACUGGGUUAAAAGGGAAUUAAUCAAGAUGUAGGAACAUGAUAGUUUAAUUGUGUAAUUUUUUUGCACAUACAGUAAAUGUAUUUUCGCAUCAAUUCCUGUAUGGGUUGUUGUAAAUCAUUCAGAGGUAUUUACUUGUAUUUGAACUUUUUCCUCUAUCAAAUCAAACACACUUUUAUUUGGUAAAUUUGUUUAAAUAAUUUUUUUUGCUAAAGCUUUCUCCCUCUAUUCUCCUAAUGCCUUAUGGCCUUGUUACAAAGUAGCUAUCCUUCCGUAACCCCUGUAAGAUGGUAUUUCUCAUGGGAGCAACAAACGUAACAAUACACAGUUGUCUUGUCCAUUAGCUACCUGAAACCUAUUUACACUUUUAAGUGAUAAAGGAAUUUAUUUAAAAUUUAUUCAUUUAAAACUGCCUUUUGAAUACUUGAUUCAGUUUUGAUUGUUCCAUACUGUAACAAAUCUUUGAUUAGAGGAGAGCAGAUCAGUGUGGUAUGUUUUUCAAUGAUAUUUAUCUAAUUUCUUUGAAUAUUUGAUCAGACUGCUUUGGUCCCCAUGGGGGCUAAACAGGUUGUUUGUGUGCUGUGCAAUGAUGAAUGUUCACACUGGAAACUGUUUCAGAAAAAGCUUAAUUUGUUUGCCAUUUCACAUGAAAUUUCCAUUUGCCACAGUCUGAAUCAAUAAAAUUAUUUUUGAUAA